GACGUAUUUGACACCGGGAACGUCGCAUGCCGAAUAUUUCACGUGAUUUCACUUUCAUUUUGUGAAAUUUUUACAAAAUUGUAUUUACAAAAUUUCUAUUCUUAAAAUUCUUUCUGAAUUUAAUUAGCUGAACAAUUAAUAGUCCUGAAAGAAGUGUUCAUCUCCGUAAAUGGACCCUUAAAAAUAAGCUUAUAUCACGUCAUAUUUUAUAUUUCAUCAUUUGUUGUCAUUAAACUUGACAAACUAACGGAACCUUUUGACCUUACUCGCAAUUACGUACGAAAACAUGCUGCGCGAGUUUGGGAUUCGAUUUGGAGCUGGAGUCCGAACAUCAAAUAGAGUAAUCGUGCCAAAUGUUAAAUCAUCUACACAAACAACGACCCGAAAUUAUCGCGCAUUAUCUUUGUCGGAAAAUUCGUCACAAUGCCGACAACAAUUAUUAUUAGCGCAGGGGUUUCGCCCUAUUUCGAUAUCCGCUCGUGACAACAUGUUCAUCAGAACGCAGGACACACCGAAUCCCAAUUCUUUAAAGUUUUACCCCGGAACAACGGUACUCGAUACUGGGUCCACCCUGGAUUUUCCGACCCCUGCCUCCGCCGUGAAUUCGACCCUGGCGAAAAUGUUGUUUAGAAUUGAAGGCGUCCGGUCCGUCUUUUUCGGGGGGGAUUUCAUAACCGUAACGCGUGUCGACGAGGAAGUGGAUUGGCGUCUCCUCAAACCAGAAAUCUACGCCACGAUUAUGGAUUUUUUCGCGAGUGGGCUUCCCGUCGUGACUGAAGGGGCGAGUGAACCAGGGUCAACUAGUCAGCAGGCCACUUCCGGUGAUGAAGAGGAGGACAAUGAGACCGUUGCGCUAAUUAAAGAACUGCUCGAUUCACGAAUUCGACCCACCGUGCAAGAGGACGGAGGUGAUAUCCAAUUCGUGGAAUUUAAGGACGGGAUCGUAAAGCUAAUUAUGCAAGGUUCCUGCACCUCUUGUCCCUCGUCCGUCGUCACGUUGAAGAACGGGGUGCAGAACAUGUUACAAUUUUACGUCCCCGAAGUCCUCGGAGUCGAACAGGUCAUCGCAGAACACGAGAAAGUUGCGCAGAAAGAGUUUGACAAACUGGAGGGGAAAAUUAAAGAGAAAUCGGAGCACGAUCCCAUCUUGGAUAAUAUUAAGACCAAGGGCGACAAAACGAAAACGUGAUGCGACCAGUGGACAGUUUUUGGACAGAUUGUCGUCAUCGCGGAGAGAUUUAUAAGUGACGCUAGGAUCUUGGUUUCUUUUAAAAUGGAUCUGUUCUUCGUUGUUGAUUAAAAUGUGACAUUUUUGUCGCUUGUCGUUCGCCGGUAAAUUAGUUUCGAAAUAAAAAUACAAAAUUAAUUAUA